AACCCUUCUCUCACCUCUGUUUUUCUUAAACCCACCGCCGCAGCGAGAUGAAUCCCACCGUGAACUCUUCCGACGCCCAUGUCGAGGUUGAAUUUCCCGGCCAAGUCGACGGACUGAACCGCCCCAUGCUGUUGCCGCAAUCUCAUGCCAGAUCAAAAUCGUCUCUAUAUGACGAGCUGAGGAAGUUUCAAAUAUGCCUCAAAUGGUGCGCGCUUGAUCACUCCACAUUAUUGGGUAAACUUGUGUCGUACAUAACGUUCGCUCUGCUCACCAUUGUCGUCCCCGUAGCGAGCUCUCUCGCCGUCCGGCUCCCCGCUGCCGACCCGACCUCCAUCAACAAGCUGGUGCACCUGCCAGAGUCCGGCUUGGCCACCAUCGCCUUCUUCACGCUGUCGAGGUUCUUCAAAAGAUACGGUCUUCGGCAACUCCUUUUCCUCGACGGCUUGCAAGAGGAUUCACACUACGUUCAACGUGGCUACACUCGCGAGCUCGACAAGGCUUUCCGACACCUAGCUUGCAUACUUCUUCCCUCCUUCUUCGUGGAGCUUGCGCACAAGAUCGUCUUCUUCUCCACGGUGACAAUCUUCAUUAACUCGCCGAGAGGAGUUCCGUCGAAUUCCCUCGUGUUCGUGUUGGUUUUGGCUUCAUGGGUUUAUCGCACCGGCCUUUUCUUGCUGGUUUGCUUCUUGUUCAGGCUCACUUGUGAGCUCCAAAUACUUCGAUUCGAAGGGUUUUACAAGCUCUUGGAGGGAUACGGAUCAGACGCAGGAGUAAUAUUCGAGGAACAUUUGAGAAUCAAGAAGCAGUUGCUAGUUACAAGCCAUAGAUACAGAUUUUUCAUUAUUGGAAGCUUGUUUACAAUCACAGUAAGCCAACUGGGCGCCUUGUUCCUGGUCUUGGCAUCAAAAUUCCAAAAGAGUUUCUUCAACUCCGGCGAUCUUGUUGUUUGCUCAGCUGUUCAGUUAAGUGGCUUCUUUUUAUGUUUACUGGGUGCUGCAAGAAUCACUCACAGAGCUCAAAGAAUAGUCUCAGCCGCAACUCGAUGGCAUAUGCUUGUGACUCGAGUCUUGGAUGCACAGUCUAACCAACAGAAGACUGAUCAAAUGAUCAUUACACAAUAUGAGAACCCAAACCCGAACUCAGUCCCGAAAUCCGAUUCCAGCACAGGCGAGUUAAAUCCAUCCUCCUUCCACACCAGACAAGCUCUAGUGAUUUAUUUGCAGCACAACAGUGGAGGGAUUACUCUAUUUGGAUUUGCACUUGAUCGAGGAUUGCUUCACACACUCUUCGCCUUUGAGUUCUCCUUGGUGUUAUGGAUACUAAGCAAGGUGGUUGUUUUGUCAUAAAUUCAUCAAUUUUACCUCUUUUCAUCUCUUUAAGAGAGAGAUCACUUUAUGUAUUAUUAAUUCAAAUGAUGCUUAGCACAGGGCCACCUUAAAAAUAUUUGUGGACCUGAACAACGGUCACUUUGU